AUGUUCACGCCGCAGAGAAAGGCGUGGCCGAAUGCUGCGGUGCCGUUCACGCCGCACCGAGGCGGUGCUGCUACGGUUUCCGCUUCUGCGAAGGGAAAGGCCAUCGCCGAUGGUCCUCCUCCACCGCCGUUGGGGUCUCUCACCGAAACCACCGUACCGGUGGGGUCCGACACGGGGAACGCCGAGGACUGGAAGCGGUUCAUGGAGCUAGGGCUGUUGGAUGAAACUGUGAUGCAAAGGAAGGACCACGAAGCACUCGUGGAGGAAUUGUCGAGGCUCAAAAGAGAGCUUUUUGACUACCAAUACAACAUGGGCCUGCUAUUGAUAGAGCAGAAAAAAUGGAGUUCAAAGUUUGAUCAUCUGAGGCAACAACUAGCUGAAACUGAGGAGAUUCUAAAACGAGAACAGUCAGCACAUUUAAUUGCACUAGAUGAAGUUGAGAAGCGAGAAGAAAAUUUGAGGAAAGCAUUAAACACAGAGAGGCAAUGUGGGGCUGAUCUAGAGAGAGCUUUGCGUGCAAUGCAAGAAGAGCAUGCCCAAGUCCAGUCUUCCUCCCAUACAAAGCUAGCUGAAGCUAGUGCAUUGGUUGAUGGAAUUGAAGAGAAGUCUUCAGUGGUUGACAAGAAACUGCUUGAGGCAGACACUAAGCUUGCUGAGGUAAACAGAAAAAGUGCAGAGCUGGAUAUGAAAUUGCGAGAGUUGGAGGCUCGGGAAAGCUUGCUUCAAAAGGAGCGUUUGUCUUUAGCUACGGAUCGAGAAUCAUUCGAGGCAACAUUCUAUAAACAAAGGGAAGAUUUGAAGGAGUGGGAAAGGAAGCUACAACAAAGAGAAAUUAUGCUAUGUGAUGGUAGGAAAAAUAUCAUUGAGAAAGAAGAAAAGUUAGUUGAAACUGAGAAGAACCUUAAGCAGAAAGAAAGAGACCUGGAAGUGUUGGAGAAUAAAAUUGAUUCGUCUAAUUCUUUAUUGAAAGAGAAGGAAGCUGAGAAUAUUAAAAGAGUAGCAAAUUUAAAUGUGGAAGAGAAGAAAGUGGAUUCUUUGAAGAGCACCCUGGAGGUGAAAAAGAAAGAAUUGCUUGCACUUGAACUAAAACUUAGUGCCAGAGAAAGAGAGGGGAUCCAGAAGCUCCUUGAUGAACAGAAGGCUACACUGGAUUUGAAGUUACAGCAGGUUGAACUUGAAAUGGAACACAAGCAGGAAUCCCUUGUUGAGGAAUUUAGAAGCAAGGAGGAAGUCUUGGAGCAGAGGGAGGUUGAAGUCAACCAUAGGGAAAUAAAAGUUGGAAAAGAAGAGCAGGCCUUGAGUAAGAAGGCUGAGAGGAUAAAGGAACAAAGUAAGGAGAUUGAAACAAAGUUGAAAUCUUUAAAGGAGAAAGAAAAGACUAUGAAAAUCAGAGAGAAAGAAUUAGAGAAGGAAAACCAACAACUGCUUGCUGAUCGAGAUAGCCUUGAGAACUUAAAUUCUGAACUUCAGAAGAUAAAAGCUGAGAUUUCUCAGCAGGAGCUGCAAAUAUGCCAAGAGGCUGAGAAUUUGAAGCUUAUUGAAAGUGAUAGGUUAGAGCAUUCUCGGUUGCAAUUGGAACUAAAGCAGGAGAUAGAGCAUACUAGAUUGCAGAAGGACUGUCUUAUGAAGGAAGCUGAGAACUUAAGGGAGGAGAGACAGAGGUUUGAGAAAGAGUGGGAAGUACUGGAUGAAAAGAGAACAGAAAUUACUAAGAAGCAGCAUGAUAUUGAUGUGGAGAAAGAAAGCUUAAGAAAACUUCAGAACAGUGAAGAAGAAAGGUUGAAAAGUGAGAAACAACGAAUGCAAGAACAUAUAAAGAAAGAGCUGGAGAAGCUUGAAUUGGAGAAGGAAUCAUAUAGAGAUUCCAUGAAUCAAGAGAAACUUAUUUUGUCUGAAAAGGUGAAAAAUGAGAAGGCUCAAAUACUUCAAGAUUUUGAAUCGAAGACAAGGAAUCUUGAGAAUGAAAUUCAGAAAAGACAAGAAGAAAUGGAGAAAGAUUUGCAAGAAAGGGAGAGAAAAUUUCAGGACGAGAUGCGAAGAGAACUUGAUAGUAUUAAUGUUUUGAAGGAUGCUACUGAGAAGGAAUGGGAAGAAGCUAAGGCUGAAGGAAUUAGAUUAGAAAAUGAGAGGAAGGAACUUGAGUUGAACAAGCAGCAGCUGCGGUCAGGCCAGCAUGAGAUGCGUGAAGAUUCUGAAAUGCUUAUGAAUCUCAGUCAGAAGGUUAAGAAAGAACGUCAACGCCUUGUGGCUGAAAGAAAACAUUUUCUUGAACUUGUUGAGAAUCUAAGGAGUUGCAAGGGCUGCGGUGAAGUUGUUGGGAACUUUGUAGUAUCUGAUAUUCAAUUACCUGACAUUAAGGAAAGGGUGGCCAUUCCCUCACCCAUAUCCCCUGUUCUGAAUUAUAAGUCUCCUAAGAACUCCCAGGAUAUUGUAGCUGCUUCUGACGUUAACUAUUCUGGAUCUAUAAAGCCAGUGUCUUGGCUCCGUAAAUGCACAUCCAAGAUUUUCAAAUUGUCCCCAAGUAAAAGAGCUGAAGCUGUUAGUGCUUCAGGGACAUCACCACUGUCAGAUGUGAAUCUUAGUGUAGGAAAAGCAGAUGAGCCUGCAUCUCUUCAUAAUGUAGAAGGAGCUAGACUUAUUCUUGAUGAACAUCAACCAGCUGGUGGGAUGGCAUAUCACUUCACAGAUACUCCACACCUCCAAUCUGAUAACAUCGAUAAAGAGGUUGGUGAUGAAUACUCUCUAUCCAUAGGUGAUCAUAGCCAGGUAGAGAGUCUGGUUGAUGGAGAUCUAGGUGAUUCUCAGCAGUCUGUUCCAAAGCUUCGUCGGGGAAGACCUCGGAGGAAAAAUAAAUCUGGAAUUGCUAGAACACGGUCAGUAAAGACUGUUGUUGAAGAGGCCAGAGAGUUCCUAGGAAAAGCCCCAAAGAAAUUAGAAAAUGCAAGUUUGCAGUCUCUGAAUACUGAUAAUAUAAAAGAGGACAGUCGAGAAGACUCUAGUCAUAUUGAGAAAGCCAUUGGUAACACUGGAAGGAAGCGUCAAUGGGCACAAACUUCUAGGGUUACAGAAAGUGAGCAGAAUGCUGGUGAUAGUGAUGGACAAUCAGAGAGUAUUACAGCUGGUGGGCGCAGGAAGAAGAGGCAAACAGUUGCUCCACCUCCCCAAGUUACUGGGGAGAGGCGAUACAAUCUCAGACGGCAUAAGACUGUGAGCAAAGAUUCAUCAACACAGAACUUACCAAAUGCAGCAAAGAUUAUGGAGAAGGAAGGUGAUGGUGAUAAUAAACUGGAGGGGCAGAGGAGCCCUGAAGUUGUUGAAACUUCAUUAGCAGCAGCUGAUGACAAUGUACCAGACACAAGUUUGGUGCAGGUCUCGACAGUGAAGACUGUGGAGGUCUCAGAUGAAGGAGUUGCAAGGCUUGAAGUACCAAGAGUUAUUGUUGAUGACAAUGGUGCUGCAACUGACUCUCUGAAUCGUGUGGAGGAAAAUGGUACACCAGAGUAUGGAGAAGAAGAUGGCAGCAUACUCCAUGAAGUUGAAAAUGAUGAUGAUGACGAGGGAGAUGAGGAGGAGGAUGAAGAUGACGAACAUCCGGGUGAGGUGUCCAUCGGAAAGAAGAUCUUCAGAUUUUUUACAACGUGA